UAACACUUCACCAAUGUUUUUUUCCCCCGAUCAAAAAAUAAGAUGCUCGUGAUUCCCCUCUCGCCUUUAUGAAAAGAAAUUGGGCUUUCGAAAGUAAACCUGUUUCCCCAAGAAGACACGAGCAGGAUGCAGCCCUCGGUUCGGGACGAUCUUCAACAUUACUACCUCCCCAUUGGGGUGUUGGGACUCGUCAAUCAAGUAGUCAACAUCUAUAUCUACUCUCAGUUUCUUAUGGGUAAUUGUCCGCUAUGGCCUCGUCGGGAACUACAGCACAAAAGCUACAAUAAGCUGCUAUGCAUUGGUGCCAUGGUGUUCGUGGUAGCAUACGACAGUACCAGCCUAUCCCGUCUGCACCGCUGGGAACUCAUUGUCAGCGUUGUCGGUAACCUCAUCAUCUUUUUGAAUUUCAUCAUCAUGGUAUGUUUCUCGGGGAGUUCAAAACACCGUGAGGCCAUGCGAGCGAAGGCAGCCUCGGAUCCUCGGACCGACGCAGAAACUCCUACGCCCCAGGGAGAUGAACCACCCCCUCCUUACUCCAAAGACCCUGAGAAAGGCGACGCGAUAGUAAGCGAUCCGGCGCAAACAUCGGAACUUGGAAACGAACAUAUCCCCGAUCAAGAAAUCGGAUGCCCAGAAUACCCCGCACCCGAAACAUCGGGUGCCGAGACCAGGCCAGCGGGGUCAUCUUCAACUCCAGAAGAGGCAGAGAAGGGUGUCACUAGUUCUCUACCUACUCAGAUACAAGCCGACACCAAGGCUGAGGUUAGUGCAAUAGCCAGCCUUCAGUCGGCGGGACAGAUCGACCUGGGUGGCUUCAUAUUUUACUUGGUGUUCCAAAUACCUGGAACAGCCCUCCUUCUCACAGGGCUUGUCGGCCAACUCACUCUCAUUCUACCCGAUGCUUGGGCGAGCAUAGACCACAUACGGCCUAUCAUAAUCAUCUUCGGCAUAUUUAUUGCCACCACACUCCUCGUCACGUUGUUCUACAUCGUUCGACUCAACAGACAACCAGCAUCAUCUGAUGAGGUGUCAAUUGCUAAGAGGAAGGGUGAUUAUCUGGACCAUCUCCUCAAAGGCGUCCUCUUCUUCAACUUUUUCCUCGUCUCGUUUGAUGAAUGGCUUCUUGCGGCCCUGGGCAAUGAUAUCACUGGAGCCAAGCAUAUUCUCAGCGACGGUGGUUUGCCUUUAGUUUAUCUGUUCCUAUCCAAAUUACCGGCGCUUGCUCUAUAGAGGAACGUCUAAUACGAAGAUCAUGCGGAGUAUUGAUGAUUUCAGGAUUCGGGGAUAAGACGCAGGUGAUAGCAUUGAGCAUAGGAUAGUUAGCGUAUAUUGAUUGAAAUACUUAUCAGCCACAGCUGCUUUUUUUUUUUUUUCGGUUGCGUUAGUGUUCUGCCUGUGUUAAUCAAUACACAGGCAGUGCUCGACAGGCGAGGUGAUCAGCAAACUUAGUCAGACUAAACGCAUCAUUACACCUCAAAGAGAAUAGUGCUCUUACAUCGUGGCAUGAAUGGUGGCAGCAGAUGACCGUUGAUCCUCAAGCACAUAGUCAUGACUGACUACGCCGUAUCUGGCUGACAUGAGGGUGCCGCAAACUGAGAAUACGCUCAGCCUCAGUUCUCUCUCAAUCCGUAGGCCUGAGUAGCCCAAAGCUCAACUCCAGAUA